AUGAUCGGUACCAGAUUGAUUGUCGAUAAGCUAGGUCACGGCGGGUACUCCACGGUUUGUCUCGUUCAGGAUAAAGACAACCAACAAUAUGUCGCUCUUGAAAUCAACAAGGCGAAGUCCGUUCCCCGAGAGACAAAGGCUCUCAGAACUCUUUCUGCCUCCUCCACUCAUCCCGGAAGAGAGGCAAUCCCUGCUUUUCUCGAUGAAUGCCAUCUAAGGGAUAUCUCGUUCAGCCACCUUUUCCCUCUUGAUGUUGCUCGUGCCUUAUCAUACCGACUUGCGCAGGCCGUUGCAUACGUGCACUCCCAAGGCUAUGUUCAUGGAGAUAUUCAUCUCGACAAUGUUCUGGCUAGGCUCCCGCUAAUCUUUGAUGAGCUUACCAUUGACGGCCUGUACGAGAAAUAUGGCAAGCCGGAGACGAUUGUCGUUACGCGAUGCGACGGCAAACCCGUCCCUCGCAACGGUCCGGCCAGAGCAGUUCUCCCUUUGUUUCUAGGCAGGUACGCGGAGAAGUUUUCUCUAGCUGAAACCCGUCCCUCGCAACGCGAUUUCGGCGAAGCUUUCUGCCCGGCUUCCGGAUUGCGGCUCGGAAAAGACUGCCACACCCCGCCUGCUCUCCGGGGCCCAGAGACAGACCAUGAUCCUGAGGCCCCGUUCACAUAUCCCUCGGACAUCUGGAGUCUUGCCACCGCUAUCUGGGCGAUCAUCGGAAUGAGGGCGAUCUUCACCACGGAAUAUAUACCCGGAGACCAGAUACUGGCGCAGCAAGUGGAUGUGUUGGGACCUCUGCCGUCACACUGGUGGUAUCGCUGGGAGGGACGCAAAAAGUUCUUUACCGAGGACGGUACCCCAGCGGAGUCAUACAAAAGGGAUAAAUGGCAAGAGGCUGGGGAUCAAAUAACGGAAGCAGAGAAAGUGGCUUUUCCGGAGGAACGUAUGACUAUUGAGGAAGUCCUGAAGUCGGAGUGGAUGCGCGAUUGGGCAUUACCAGACUACGAACAAAGCCUACAAACCUGUAAUCAAUCUUCGAAAAAUUGA